GAGAGGCGGCCCCGCUGCUCUGGGGGCAGAACCACUGAAGGGCCACAGCCUGGGAGCGCUGCCUGGCGAGGGGGGCUCGGCGGGGGUCGGGGCAGCAGGGGCGCGCCCUGGCCGCCUGAGCGCACCGCGGCGGGACCGAGCCGCCUGGGAGUGCAGCGUCCGAAGAGCAGCGCCCCGAGGGAACCCGCGGCCACCGCCGCAGCAUCUGGCGCCUCGCUGCUGGGUUUCCUCCUCCCGCCGCCUCCUCCUCCCACAGGCGGCGGCUGCUCCAGCUGCCGGGACUGGCCGCGCCGCGCGCUGCCUCUGGCUCAGAAGCGACCCGGGCAGCAGAGCAGCCGCAGCGAGCAGCGAGGGCUCCCCCGCCGGCCGGCCGGGCCAGAAUGAUUGCCUGUGGAGUGCAGCACUGCUGUGCUGGCAGAGUCCAGGAGCUUUUACUGAAAUUCAAGAUUUCUCUAGCUAUCAUUUUACUUCACGUGUUUCUGGCUACCUCGGACAUACCUCAGGAUGGUUUCCUAGGACAAUACAGAGCUGUUUUUAAGACUGCAUGUGAAGAUGCUUGGUCUCUGUCACCAGGAAUUCAUGUGCCUACCCUGAAAGAAUUCACAGUCUGUGUGUACCUUAAGCUAGUGACUUCUAGUAAUCCCUGGACUGCUUUUGUAUACAAUAUAAAAAGACCUGGUAGCACUACUUCUGCAAAUAGCUAUGAACUUGGACUUACAGGAGAUCAUGACAAAUUGACAGUUUGGAUGUUUGGCACCCAAAUAAACUUAAAGGAGAAACUUAAUGUGGACACUUGGUACCAAGUGUGCAUAGAGUGGAGAAGUAAAUACAAGGAGAUGAAACUAUUUAUAAAUGGAACAGAAAAAAGAAGCCAAAAACUGUUAAAAGAAGACCUUAUUGCAGAUGGGCAGAUUUUACUUGGCUGUUCACAAUCAUCAGCCACAUCUUCAGCCAUGGGUAUGGUUGGUGAGCUGUACAUGUUCAGAAUGUGGAAUGAAGCAGAUAAAAUAUCUGGCUGCACAGAUGGUAAUAUUAUAGGCUGGAGAAAGAAAAAUUGGGUCUAUAAUCACACAUUAGAAGAGAGCAACACUUUGCCAUGUGCAAAUAAUGUAACUUCCAGAUCAUCAGUUGCAAAAUCUUCAGAAACCAUAUCUGAUACAACUUCAUUAGAAAAGACAAGCACUUCAGAAUCCUCUAUUGUUACUUUUAUCACCUACCCCAUUAAUGCUUCAGCUACAAGUUCAGAUAUAAGCACUGCAGCCAGAACUUUAAGUGUGGUGCCAAAGCCAAACCAUACAGAAACUACUAUCCCUGAAUUUAACUUCUCCACAACAGUAGAAUCCUCUAUCGUUACUUUUAUCACCUACCCCAUUAAUGCUUCAGAUACAACUUCACUAGAAAGAACAAGUGCUGAAGAUGGAACUUUAAGUGUAUGGCCAGAGCCAAACCAGACAGAAACUUCUAAUAUCCCUGAAUUUAACUUCUCCACAACAGCAGGGAAAUUAUCUGCAAAUAUAACCUUCAAUGUAACUGACAGUGUUACUCUACCAACUACUGCCAUUACGAAUGGUAUAAGUUGUAAAAAUGAAACAAAACUAACUGGUAACAACUUAUAUAAUUUAUCAGCCAUCUGUAAUAAUUCAGUUUUCUACAUGGGCUAUAUAAAAUUUCAAUACAGUGAAAAAAGCAAUAAUACUUCAGUAAGUGUUGAAAUAAUUGAUGAUGUAACCAGUAGCAAUAAAGUCACAAAAUUAAUUCCAUUUAUAACUCCUACUCUACAAGAAUCAAAAAUUUCAGAAUUCAACAAAACAUUGCAGGAACUAAGCGAGUCUUCUGUUAUGGAGUGUGCUGCAGAAAACCAAAGUAUAUCAGUCUGUAAGUUUAUAGUAAAGCUGGCCAAGACUGUUAAUAUAAGCAGUUUAAUAGCACGUUUAAAAGACAGAGCAGAUAUACGCCAAAUUGACCUAUGCCUCUGUUCAGCUCUGCAAUCUUGGCCCUCAACUGCUGAAGAGUUACAAAUAUUGCCAUGUUAUGGACAAGUCACAGUUGGAUGUGCUGCCACUUCCAAACUUGGCCCUUCAGCUUCUCCUACUGCUUCUUCCAGUAAAACUUCUAUUGACAGACCUCCUCAUGAUAUUCAUCCCCCCAAACAUACCACUGUUUUUUCUCCUCCUCUUUCAACCAGACAUAACACUACAAAUCAUCUUUUGACCAACCUUAUUGCUACGCAUUCCACCAUACCUACUAUAAUUCCCCCUGCUACUCCUUCUCCUACACACACCACUACAAUUCCCCCUGCUACAUCUUCUCCUACAAGUACCGUUAGCAUUCCUAUGCCUUUCACCAAACAUUUCACUACAUCUCUCACCAAAUCUACCACAAUUUCUCUUCCUACGUCUCCAACCAAACCUGCUACUGUAGUUCCUUCUGCCAUUCCUUCAACCAAACCUAUAAAUGGGUCUUCUGCUCCUUCCACUGAACCUACCAUCCUCUCACCUCCUGGUAUUCAUUCGACCACUGAUAGCCAAGCUACCGGGGCCAAUGGUACAACAGGAAACAUUUUGGAUAAUCUGUCAAAUAUCACACAUACCACGAUUAAUCCCUCUGAAGUUGAGAGCAUAAUAUCCAAAAUGGAAAGUGUUCUGUCAGCCCAGAAAAUAGAGCCAAAAGUUGCAAAAGAGAUGGUCAACACAAUUAGCGAUCUCCUAAAUGCUCCAUUACAAUCCCCAAUGUCUAACAGAAUAAUAAAAAUAGUGGAUGCCAUUGGCUUAAAACUGAACUUUUCAACAGAAUCCAUUAAUUUUACCUCCCCGGCCUUGGCUCUAGCAGUCACCAAAGUCCACAGCAGCAACUUCAGCAAAAUGUCAUUUGCUGUCCAAGAUUCAUCAGAUCUUCAGAUUGCUUUAGGGACCCAAGCACCUAUAAAUAGUGUUGGAGCUAUUGCACUGCCUUCCUCAUUGCUGACAAACUUGUCUUCUGAAGAUAUGCCUCUGGCUUCUAGAAUUAUAUUCAACUUUUUUGAAAAGACAACUCCAUUUCAGGAUUCUUCACUCGAGAAUCUCUCUCUAAUCAGUAAUGUCAUAUCAUCAAGUGUAGCUAACCUCACGCUUAGCAACUUGAAGGCAAAUGUUACUGUCACUCUACAGAACACCAAGCCUAUUCAGGAUAAUUUAACAGUUAGAUGUGCAUUUUGGGACUUUAAUAAAAAUGGUGGCAAAGGAGGCUGGUCAUAUGAAGGAUGCAUGGUUAAAGAAAGGAGAGCAAAUGAAACAGUUUGUACAUGCAACCACCUCACAAGUUUUGGAGUUUUGCUGGACCUGUCCAGAAAUCCUCCUUUAUCACCCAUCCAGACACUGGUUCUGACUUUUAUCACCUAUAUAGGCUGUGGCAUUUCUGCAAUUUUUCUUUCUGUUACUCUUGUAACCUACAUAGCCUUUGAGAAAAUCCGGAGAGACUACCCUUCCAAAAUCCUUAUUCAACUGUGUGCUGCAUUACUUCUACUCAACCUAGUUUUCCUCCUUGAUUCAUGGAUUGCUCUGUAUAACAUACGAGGCCUGUGCAUCACAGUUGCUGUAUUUCUUCAUUAUUUCCUCUUGGUUUCCUUCACUUGGAUGGGCCUUGAAGCAUUCCACAUGUAUCUUGCCCUUGUCAAAGUGUUUAAUACCUAUGUACGGAAAUACAUCCUUAAGUUUUGUAUCGUUGGCUGGGGUGUACCACUUGUAGUGGUAGGCAUUGUAUUGGCUAUAACACCAAAUAACUAUGGGCUUGGAUCAUAUGGAAAGUUUCCUAAUGGCUCACCAGAUGAAUUCUGCUGGAUCAACAAUAACAUUGUCUUCUAUAUUACUGUCGUGGGAUACUUCUGCAUGAUAUUCCUGUUGAACAUUGGCAUGUUUAUAGUGGUGCUGAUUCAGCUUUGUCGAAUCAAAAAGAAGAAACAACUUGGAACUCAGAGAAAAACCAGUAUUCAAGACCUCAGGAGUGUGGCAGGCCUCACAUUCUUAUUGGGAAUUACUUGGGGAUUUGCCUUUUUUGCAUGGGGGCCAGUAAAUCUGAUAUUUAUGUACCUCUUUGCCAUCUUUAACACAUUACAAGGAUUCUUCAUUUUUAUCUUCUACUGUGUGGCAAAGGAAAACGUCCGCAAACAGUGGAGACGAUAUCUGUGUUGUGGAAAAUUCAGGCUGGCUGAAAAUUCUGAUUGGAGUAGAACUGCUACUAAUGGUUUAAAGAAGCAGACUGUAAACCAAGGAGUAUCCAGUUCUUCCAAUUCCUUACAAUCAAACAGUAACUCUACUAAUUCCACCACACUGCUAAUGAAUAAUGAUUAUUCAGUACACGCAAAUGGGAAUGGUAAUGUCUCCAGUGAGAAGAACGGUGUUUCUUUCAACAUACAGAAUGGCGAUGUGUGUCUUCAUGACUUUUCAGGAAAGCAGCUCGUAUUUCAUGAGAAGGAUGACGCAGACCACAAAAAAACCCGUGUCUCACUCAGAAGGACUUCAAAGAGGGGAAGCCUACAUUUUAUUAAGCAAAUGUGAUUUUUUUCAAAGCACAUUGUUUUACAGUGUAAAACACAGAUUUUUACUUUAACUAUUUUACAUAAUGUGAGAAGACCUGAAACUUAUCCUUGUUUUAUAGAUGGUACUGGAGCCUUGAGGCAGUCAUGUACUGGGUUGAAAAUGAGAGUUAUAAUUGUUUAAAAAGUCAUUGCUACUAUUUGACAAGGUACUACAUCACAAUUGGCACAAUUUCCAAUUUGAUUUCCCAUUCUCCCCUCCCCUCCCCCCAAGGUUUAAAGGAAGGUUUGCUUUUAGACUCUUAUUUUCUCAGUAUAACUACAAUUUGUAUAUCUGAAUACAAUACAUAGUAUUGUAAAUGUAGGUAACUACAAGUUACACUUAAACAAGAUUCUAAAUUAUCUUUCAAAAUGUUAGUUAGUUUCAAAUUGUCUACUACAACAUUUUUAAGAUUAUAGUUGCAGAUUUUAUAACAUUGUAAAUAAGCAAAACAAUAUCCACCUUUAAGCAUUUUUAUGCUAUUUUUUAUAUUUAUUUCUUGUAAUAUAAAUUUAAAAAUAUUCCUUUGUAUAGAAAAAUAAUUGAUAUUUUGUUUUAACUUUAUUGUUAGAAUGUAGCUAAAGUUGAUUAUUUCAAUUAACUUCUGAAGCAUUCUAUAUUUAUAGGUAAUUUGUUCAGUAUGUGAAAUAAUUUACAGUGGUUACAGUGUGAAGAUGUUCACAAGACAGAGAACUGUAAAUAUGAACACUGUCACUAUAGAACCACUGACUGGGACCCAGGAAUACAGUGCAUGGGUGUCUUAUCAAGGGAUAAAACUCCACAGGAGGGAGUGAUGGAUAAAGUAGGCAAUAGGCUAUUAGCUAUAUUCUUGGAGUGAAAUCCUGGCCCCACUGAAGUCAAUGGGAGUUUUGCCAUUGAUUUCAGUGGGGACAUGAUUUCACUCCUAGUGGUCGUAACAGAAAUAAAUAUGCGGCCAGUUUGCAACUGCAAUAUUUAAAAAAAAAUAAUUAUCAUUAAAAAAACAGUAGUUAUUAUUUAGUAGCCAAGCCAAGUGUUUGUUUCAUUAUUAAAUUGUAUAAAAGAUCAGUUUCUCUCACAUCCAGGUUUCUAUUUGUUUUUGGUCUCUGCUGACAGUCAAAUCCUGAGGUCCUUACUCAGUGUUUACUUGUUACCUACUCAACUAAAACUUCUAAUGAUCUGUAGUGAGCGUUUAUGAGGAGAGACUAAAAAGACUGGGACUUUUCAGCUUGGAAAAGAGAUGACUAAGCGGGGAUAUGAUAGGUCUAUACAAUUGUAAAUGGUGUGGAGAAAGUGAAUAAGGAAGU